UGUGCAUAAGCUGACGCUAAAAUACGAGCAUGUCUGCUACUGUGCUGCUUUCCUUGGGCUGGUUAGUGCUGCAGUCAGCUGAUGGGAAUCUAGAUCACACCACUCACAGCCAGGGGAUGUAUCUGCAGGGGGACUUCUCCUUCGCUGGACUCUUUCCUCUCUUCUACACUAAUGGGCUGAGUGGUUUGCCUGCUCUGGUUCCAUGCAGAGAAGGCAGGCCCAACAAACAUGGUUUUCAUCUGUUGCAAGCUAUGAGAUUUGCUGUGGAAGAAAUCAACAGCAAAACAGGGGUGCUUUCUCUCCUACCAGGAGUGAAACUCGGCUACCAGAUGUACGAUAUUUGCUCAGUACCGGCCAGUAUCCUGGCCACCCUGGACCUGCUCGACCAACAGUACAGGAACAUUUCUACACCUGGGGCACAGAACAACACAGCCCUUAAUUCCAGUGAUGCUCAAACAGCUGUGGCUGUGAUUGGGCCGGACAGCAGCAGCAAGUCUUUCACCCCUGCUGCUUUACUGGGGACCUCUCUUGUACCACAGAUCUCUUAUGAAGCAUCAAGUGAGCAGCUGAGCAACAAGAUAUACUAUCCAUCUUUUUUCCGGACAAUUUCCAGUGACAAGAACCAGGUAGCUGCUAUGAUCCAACUCCUGGUUCGUUUCAACUGGACCUGGAUCGCUCUCUUAGGCAGUGACAAUGACUAUGGGCUUCAGGCCAUGAAGAGUCUGUCCCAACAAGCAUCCAGCUACGGCAUCUGCAUCGCCUACCAAGGAGUCAUCCCCUCAGCCACAGAUGAAACAGUCCAGAUCAUGAGGAACAUGGUAACGGACAUACUGACAACCCACGUCAAUACCAUUGUGGUCUUCUCCAGCAAGACGAAACUCAGUGGCUUCUUCCCAUUUGUACUCGAGCGCAACAUAACAGAUAAAGUGUGGAUCGGGACGGAGGACUGGUCAGUGGCAACUCUUAUAUCAGGCAUAAGUGGAAUCAACACAAUCGGUACUGUGAUCGGUGUGGCCGUCAAACCUAUAUCCAUUCCCGGAUUUGAGGAGUUUGAGAAAAAGAUAGUCGAGGCUUCAAUGCAACGCGCCAACGCUAAUGUUACCAUGAGCUAUGGAAAUGACUGCCUACAGAGCACAGACCUGUACAGCCUCGCCAGAAAUAAUUACUCUCUGGAGGAAUAUGACAUCGCCUCUGCCUUCAAUGUGUAUAAAGCUGUGUAUGCUUUGGCUCAUGCUCUGCACAGUACACUUGGUUGUGAUGCCGAAAAGUGCAACAAGAGAACCGUGCAUCCAUGGGAGCUUUUUCAGCAGCUAAAGCAUGUGCGAUUUUCCCUGGAGAACACCUCUGUGUACUUUGAUGCAAAUGGAGAUCCACCCACAGGAUAUGAUAUUGUUACCUGGAUUUGGAGGGGCACUGACUGGUCCCUGAGAGUAGUGGGCUCCUUUACCCCAGACCCAAUUACACUGACAAUUGAUGCAGAUCAAAUUGAGUGGUGCGGAAAAGAAGGUUCAAGAGCAGUGCCACUGUCCAUCUGUUCACCACCCUGCCCAACAGGCCACAAGAAGUUGCUGACAGGGCAGCAUAAGUGCUGCUUCGACUGCCAGGCCUGUCCUGCUGCCACAUUCCUCAAUAAAAGUGAUCCUGUAAUUUGCCAGCCGUGUCUGCCAGAGCAGUGGGCGCCCCCGAGCAGUGAGCAGUGCCUGAACAGGACUGUCCUGCUGCUGGAAUGGGACGCCCCUCUCUCCAUUGCCCUGCUCUUCUUUUUUGCCACCUGCCUUCUCAUGAUCUUUGGCACUGCAAUAAUCCUCCUGCUCAACCUGAACACACCCGUGGCCAAGUCUGCCGGGGGCCGCACCUGCCUCCUGAUGCUGGCAGCCCUGACUGCAGCCACCAUAAGCUCUUUGUGCCACUUUGGCCAGCCAUCGCCUCUGGCCUGCAUCUUCAAGCAGUCCCUAUUCAUGGACAGCUUCACUGUGUGCCUGGCCUGCAUCACUAUGCGUGCCCUUCAGGUUGUCUGCAUUUUUAAAUUUGCAUCCAAGCUGCCGCCAGCCUAUGACAAGUGGGCAAAAAAACACGGGCCAGAGUUCACAAUUUUCCUAGUGUCUGCCAUCAUGCUGAUCAUUUCCGUGCUCCGUGUGGCCCUCGACACCCCCAGGCCUUCCAUGGAUCUUGAAUUCUACGAAGAUCGCAUCGUGCUCGAGUGCAGCAAGACCCUCUCGGUCGGCUCUGGUGUUGAACUUGCUUAUGUGUCCAUGGUCAGUGUUCUCUGCUUCACUUUCAGUUACAUGGGCAAAGACCUGCCAGCCAAUUACAACGAGGCCAAGUGCGUGACCUUCAGCCUCAUGGUGUACAUGAUCUCCUGGAUCAGCUUCUUCACCCUCUACCUCAUCAGCAGAGAUUCGUUCACCAUGGCCGCACAAGUGUUUGCCACACUCUUCAGUGUCCUAGCCUUCCUCGGAGGAUACUUUGUACCCAAAAUUUAUAUUAUUGUGCUGAGACCGCAAAUGAACACAACUGCACAUUUCCAGAAUUGUAUUCAAAUGUAUACCAUGAAAAAAUGAGUAGUGUGGUGAUUUCAUUACAUUAACAGCACUUAUAUUCAAGG